AUAUCCCUUUACAUAAUAAUAAAAGAAGAUCUUUCGUCUUCCUCUCUCUCGCUCGUUCUUCUGAGAAGCUUCGAUUUCCGUCGAUCUGCUUGCUUGUACGUAUAAUUCAUACAAGUGCCGAAGAAAACCCUAGGUUGGGCUGACCGGGGGGGUGGAAAAUUUUGAAAUGGUUCCGCCGUUUAAGCGGGGAAAAGAGUCGGAGGAGGCUUCCGAUGCUCCAUCGAACAAUCUCUGGGUCGGAAAUUUACCGGCCGAUGUGUUGGAAUCGGAUCUGGUGGCGCUGUUCAGGAAGUAUGGCGAGCUAGAUAGUCUAUCGGCUUACUCGUUUCGGAGUUACGCGUUCGUGUACUACAAGCGUGUGGAGGACGCGAUAGCAGCCAAGAAGGCGUUGCAGGGGUCCAUGCUGGGGGGAAACCAGAUUAAGAUCGAGUUUGCUCGACCGGCUAAACCUUGCAAGAAUCUUUGGGUUGGUGGAAUAAGCCCCAGUAUUUCCAAGGAAGAAUUGGAAGAAGAGUUCCAAAAGUUUGGUAAAAUUGAGGAUUUUAAGUUUCUGAAAGAACGCAAUACUGCAUUUGUUGAGUACAUGAGGUUGGAGAAUGCUAUCCAAGCUGCAAAGAGCAUGAAUGGUAGGAUGGGUGGCGAGCAGUUGCGUGUGGAUUUCCUUCGAUCGCAACCCUCUAGAAGAGAACAAUGGCCAAGCUCCUAUGAUCACAGGGAUGCUCCUUCCAGUAGGGGAGUGGGGCUUCCUGAUAGCCACUUGAGUGCCAAAAGACCUCUCCUGCAGUCCUCUUUAGGCCUAAAAACAGAACAGCUAAGUAAUGUUUUGUGGGUAGGUUACCCUCCUUCCGUUCAGAUUGAUGAACAAAUGCUUCAUAAUGCUAUGAUACUGUUUGGUGAAAUUGAGAGAAUUAGAAGUUUUCCUUCAAGGCAUUUCUCAUUAGUCGAAUUUAGGAGUAUUGAAGAAGCUCGGCGGGCUAAGGAGGGCCUACAAGGCAGAUUAUUUAAUGAUCCAAGAAUCACAAUUUUGUAUUCAAAUGGUGAGCAGCCACUUAGCAAAGAUUAUCCAGGCUUUUAUUCUGGGAUCAAAGGAUCAGGAACCGAGAUGUUUAUUAAUGAACGUUCAUUUAGACCUCCAUCGGCGGAUAUUUUUGGUCAUAAUCAUCCAACUGUUGGUUCGUUUGCUGGGCCAUUGCCUCCGAAUAAUCUUCUUGCACCUAAUGUUACUGUGAGGCCCUUUGGCGUUCAAAAUAGUUUCGAACGAUUUCAUCCCGGUCCAGAAUACCCUGAAGUUGUUAAUUGUUCAGCGAGAACUGGAUUGGAUAUGUUGACCAAACACUAUGCAGAGGCUAUUGGGUUUGACAUUGUUUUCUUCUUGCCCGACAGUGAAGAUGAUUUUGCUUCUUACACUGAAUUCCUCCGAUAUCUUGGUUCAAAAAAUCGUGCUGGAGUUGCCAAGUUUGACAAUGGAACAACAUUGUUUUUGGUGCCCCCAUCGGAUUUCUUGACAAAGGUACUCAAAGUUUCAGGUCCUGAACGGUUAUAUGGCGUGGUUCUCAAGCUGCCGCCACCAGUUACUAGUGCUGUAUCCUUUAGACAGGAGGUGCCUAAGCCCCUUCCUUCAUCCUAUGUGGAUCGACAGCGGAUUGCUCCUGCCGAGCCUGAUUAUAACAUAUUCCAUAGAAAGGAAGAACAGACUCUUGCAAUGGAUUAUAACAGGGUUUUGCUGGAGGAUUCGAAGUCUUCUUUUAAACCAGGUUUUCCUCAUGCUGGUGAGCCUCGUGUCCAGCUAUCUGGUCCCAAAGGGCAACAACCUAUGAAUACUGCAUCAAUGCAUCAAGGUGGAGUCACUUUAACCCCCGAGCUUAUAGCAACUCUUGCUUCCUUACUCCCAGCAGCUUCUCAGCCUUCAGGUCCAGAAAUUCACCCGGCUUCUCUAAUUUCUUCAACUGUUAGACCUCCAUUUCCUCAAACAGUUGCACAAUCCAGCAAAGAAACUUCAUUGUCAGGAUGGAACCAAGACCAGCAAGCUUCUGAUUCUUCAGGUCAUUCAUUUCAGCAGAUGGGGAGUCAUUAUAAUCCACAGGCACAUCUAUCACAAAAUCAGCAUUAUCCAUCUGUCUCCAGUGCACCCAACUUUUCUGCACAGAUGGUCCUUGGAAGCACUCAAAUUCAAGAGCCUUCUGUCAGCCUGUUGCAACAGGCUGCUGUAUCGUCAAGGCCAUUAGCUAAGUUAAUGAUCUCUUCUCAGGGUUCACAUAUUGCUACUUCCCCACCUGUCAACCAGCAAUAUCAGCAGGAAGGUGCUUCCACCGCUCAAAAAGGAUAUGGAGUGGUGCAUGCAACUGAUGGUUCUGGAGUGUAUAGUUCACAAGCUUUUCAGCUUGCUAACAACCCUGGUGUCAUGUCUAAUCAGGUGCAUAGUGCUAAUCUGUCACAGCCUCAAAAUACAAUGCCUAUAUCAGUUGACAGAGUGAAUCUGGAGCUCCCUUCCCAGGUGCAGCAGAUUCACUCUGUGGGUGCAGUAGAUGCAGAGGUUGAUAAGAAUCAGAGGUACCAAUCGACUCUACAGUUUGCUGCUAGUCUCCUCCAGCAGAUACAGCAGAAGAAUCAACCAAAUACUCCAGCUGGGAGAGGAACUGCAGAUCAGUUAUGAAGGUUCCCUCUUGUUCUAGGUAAUUGCCCCUGCUAUACAUAAUAACUGCUGAAUUAUUAAUCUCUAUAUUCUGUUAGUCAAGUUUCUAAUUUUGUGCUCUCAUUUGCCAUGUUUGCAUGUGGAACAUAGUUGUUUGUUCUGGGUCUAUAAUUUCUCCAUGCUCUCAUUAUCAUGUUUGCCUGUGGAUCAUAGUUUAUUUUGAGGCUAAUUCCUCUAGUGUGUCUACUCUUUACCAUUUGCGGAGUUAAACUUUGGAUGAUCUUCUUGGUCACGCCUUUUGAAAAGCUUUCUGACUUAUGGAAGUUAACCUUGUUUCAAUAUUAGGAAAACUCCAAUGAUGGUGUUAAGUUCUUUAUAUGGCAGCGUUACAUUAUUCUAGAAUUGGAUGAUUAUCAGAAAAACUGGAGUGUGGUGAUUGUUUUGGAGUGUCUGAUACUGUAAGGAGCACAGUGGAAGAAGACUGAUCUCUCUAUCUAUUACCGAGUUCUUUUAGGUUUUGGGAUAGUUUCAUGUGGUGAGGAGGAAAUGAGGGACUUGAUUGGAAGUCCUUAAAAGAAUAGGAGUUGCAUGCUUUUGGGUCUUGAAGAUAUGGUUGUCCGGAAGACUGAAUUUGUUAUUCGACACAGUUAAAAACUUAGUAGCUUUCUUAUUUUUUUUUAAAAAACCUUAAUUGCUUUCUUGUUGCUCUGUCUGUUAGAUAUAUUCAAGAGUAACAUGUUAUGAAUUUUAGGCUUCGCUGGCAGGCUGAACUUCUUCUUUUGUAAGUUCAAACUCAUUUGAUUAAACAAUUUUCAUGGUUGAAUGAAUUUAAAUCGAACAGUGUCAAAAAUUGGCAUGUUUGAAGUGCCUUCAAAUUGAUUUUUAUUUGGGGUUUUUCCCCUACUGUAUGAAUUUGCCUUUUUUUUUAUGGAAUUACCUGGGCCACUAAUUAUACGGGCAAAGGGGUGCCUCUCACGUGCAAAGGCCAUUUACUCAAAAAUCAUUUUAAAAAAAAUAGCUACAAGGUGCUCUAGAAUGACUUGUAAAGGAAAUACAAAUUUACGAGUUUGGAGCUAGUGAUCUCUAGUUCUGUUGAAAGCAAAUAUUCUAAAAAAGUCUUAUGCUCCGUUCUUUCAUAAUAAUCUGAAGACCCUCUACGGAGUUCUUAUGUCAAGAUUUACAAGAAGCUUAUUGAUGAUCUCUAUCAAUUGAACAUGUUAAUGUAUGACGUUGCUAUGUAUGGGAGGUAGCUUGUAAAAGAUGAAAUGCUAAUUUAAGUUGAUUGUAUUUCACCACUGGAGUACAAUUUUGGUUAUAAGGAAGGAGAUAUUUUUACUUCUUUGUUUAGUAAUGUUUUGAAAUAUAUAGGAAAAAGAAUCUACUCAUAAGGCAUCAAGAGGGUGUCACCUGUGUAAAUACAGACAACAAAAUUUGUAAGGUCCACGCGCUCCCAAAUCGGUGACUAAACCAAAGCACCAAGAAAAACCAAAUAUCUCUAACUUGGUGAACAAGUUUUCAAUCCCAUUAAUAACUCUAAUGUUCCUCUCUUUCAUAUGUAACAAAUGAUGGUCGUCAUGUGAUAGUUCUUUGGAGAAGGCCUCCUGUUGCAAAAACAAGGCGAAGUUCAAAGCUUGUUACUAUGAGGGAUCCGUGGUAGAUAGUAGAUACAUGUAUGGACUUAAAUGUGGAUACAACUGAACACAUGACGUCGUCCUAAAUGGAAGAAUUAUAAAUGCUAUUGUUAUGGAUGCUAUUGUCGUGGAUGCUAUUGGUCAAGUGAUUGUUGCCAAUUUGAAUUCAUUCAUCCUAAGAGGUUCACUCACUAUAAAGACCACUUUUUUUGACGAAAGUUUUUUGAAGCAUCAUUUUUAUGUGAUGGUGAGUGGGAAUAAAGACUAUCAAUUUGCAACUUGAAUUCAGUUCGCCAAGGAGGUUCACUCGCUAUAAAGAUCACUUUUAUUUUGACUUGAACUGAUUGAAGCAUCAUUUUUGUGUCAAGGUAAGUGGGAGUAAAGGCUAUUAGGUCGAUGUUCCUCGAGACUUGCCUGGAAGAGAUUUGAUAUUUUAUUUGAGGAGGCAAGCAUAUGUGUGAGGAAUGAUCUAUAAGUAUAAAUGGAAAAAAUGUGAGUUGUUAAUGAACGAAAUCUUCCAGAAGUGGAAGCGGUUAUAGUCCAUGGUUUGAUAAAUUAAUCAUUGGGAGCUUGUGCUAAAUUAAUUAGAUUUCCCUAAGUAUAGCAAGAUAUUUCGUACAAAAUUUCUAGCUUGGAAAUUUCUUGUUGAAGUUGUGACUUUCGAGGCGCAAAUUGAUAACCUUCAUAGGGAUCCUUCUAAACAAAUGAAAAAAGAAAACAAAGAAGAGAAAGGCAAAUGUGAAAGUUAAUAUGAAAUGAUGACCCGAUCUUUAUAAGUACUUAUAGAAAUAUCCUUUUGAAAUUGAUUUGCCUUAGCCAAGGACAAGCCCGAGAAAAGGCAAAUCUUAUUCCAUAGACUCGGCCAUGUUUGCUAUAAGUUCUAUAACCUCAAGCCAAUCAUGGUAUUGUUGAGUACUUAACAUUCCCUAUCUUCUCUAUAUUGGCAUUCUUCGUCCAAAACUCGACCAUGACUUCCUGGUCUUUUCUUUUAAGAUUGUGGCAUUGAAUUUCAAUUCAAGCUUUAAACCUCGGACCUCCUUGGCUGCUACAAGUUUUAUAACCUUGGUUAGAGAUGGACAAUGUCUGUGAGUUUUUCUUCAUUUUCCUAUCUUGAAUUUAAUUUAAAGAUUCGUUAAGAGAGAAACUUACCAUUUUGAGUAAGAAAAUACUCAAAACUUUGAUGAAAUUCUUCAUGCAUAAUCUUUCAAUAGAGACAUUGGGUCAUGGCGGGUUCAAUUUGUGGGGAGAUUUAGGCAUGGGAUGGGUCAUGUGUAAAAAAAAAAAAAAAACAUUGCAAACAUUAUUCCAUUGAUGGUUUUUUGGGUUAUUCGGAAAGAAAGGAAUUCUAGAGCUUUUGAGGGUAAAGUUAGUAGUCUUUAUAGUAUUAGAGAUAAAUGGAUGCAGUCUUUUGGAAUCAUCUUAUUUGGUCAUGAUAUUAUUAGUGAUGAGGAUUUUGGGAAUGUAAUUGAUAUACUAACUUUUAUGUAAAUCUUUUAUACAUAGGUGGUACCCAGGAUUUGGUAUCCUGUUAAUAAAUACUGCGUACCUUUUAUUUCAAAAAAAAAUAUUUAGUAAUACAUUAAAACUUUAUUGAUUAUUGUUCUUUUUUGAGCAAAAUUGAGGAUUCAAAUAUUUUUAAUAGCUAUAAUAAAAUAGAAUUUACUUAUAUUUUCUAUUUAUAUUUUUUUUAACUAAAAGCUACAUAAAUUUGUUUUUGACUGUUACCAGAUUCAGAAGCUUUUUUCCAUAGUUAAUUUAUAUGGAGUUUGGGGAGGUAAAGGAAUUAUUGAUUAUCGAACAAUUGGAGAACAAACAAAUUGUACUCUUUUUGUUGUUAAUUUACAAGGAAAUGGAAAAGGAGAUUUUCUUGAUGUUGAAAGUCUUUUUGUCCUUAGAAAUGAAGAAUUUCUUCUCCCAAUUAGGUAGGGAACAUGGAGAAGGCAAAAACUUGGCUUGCCUGUCACUGUUACCUUCGUGUCUCUCUCUUUGGUUUCUUUAUGUAUGUAUGAUUCAGGACAUGUUAAAUUACUUAGACAAUGCACAUUGAUCAAAUAAAAGCAAUAAAGGAAGAAGGAACAUGGUUGGGCGAUGUGCUUACUCUAUGGAGCCAUAUGAGGAAUUUCCUCUGUAUGAAGAAUCACCUCUUAUAAUUAGGAAUAUAUAGGGAAAAGGAGAGAACUUAAUUUUAUAAGAAUUCCCUUAUAAUAGAAGCAGCCUAAGGUCAGAAAAUACUGUGAACGGUAAAUCCUAUGUUUAAAAAAUGUAAACAGUACAUCCUCUUAACCACAGCUGAACAAGACAAGAUAUUUCCUCCUUUAGUGAACCUGCUAUCAUCGAACUCAGACCCGAAAAUCUGUAAGUCAACGUCUAGAUCCUCUAGGCAUGUACUAGCACAUAAAAAACAUGUUCGCAUGACACAGCGGCUCCCUUGCACAAUAUACCAUCCAUUUGCUAAAGUUUUUCUUAAAAAGGAGAGCAACUAUAUAGAAAAAGAGAGAAACUGUCUUCAUUUCUUUUCUUAAUUUUCCUGGUUUUUACUCGGUUGCUUGAUUAUUUUAUCAACUAGCCCUUUUCCUUCUUUCUCCUGUGCAUGUGUUUAGCACCCUGCAUAAGUGUUCAAGGCAGAGACUUGUAGGAAUUAGAGCUCGGACAGUCAAAUGUGCGGGUCUUAAUAUGUUUGUGGUCUGUAGAGCCUGGUGCAAAUUGGUACAAAUACUGAUACUUGGUGGUAUAAAUAAGUUGGUUAAACAAGCCUAAUACCUGUGUAUUAAUGUCUAUGCUCUACGAUAGGAAUACAUUUUUUGCAAUGUGGAUGGGAGUUAAUAUGGUUAGUAUUAGAGAAUAUCAGGAACAGAAUGUGAUUAGAGGAGCAUCUAUACAAGAUCAGACUAGAAUGGUAUCUAAAUUAUUGUGAGUAUACAGUUCAGGAAGGUAAUAUUCAUUUUCCUUCCAUCUAUAUAGAAAAACUAUUGAGAAUCAACACUUUUACUAGAAAGAGCAAUGGGGAGAUACACGAACUUAAGACAUUUAUUUGAGGACCUCAACCCAAUAAGGAGCAUAGGACCAUUAUGGCUGAAAAAGUUGGAGAUUAGUUAGAUAUGAAAGUAUCGUCAAGUGAGUAUAAUACAAAAGACAUUGAGAAAAAAGAUAUGCAUCAUGGUGGCAGGAAUAUGCUGGCAUUCUGAUGAAUAUGAAUCGACAUUUUUUUUUCUCUCCAAAAAUGUGUAUUUUUUAAUUUAAAUAAUUGUGAGCUCUUUUCCUAAUGCCAAUCAGAGCAAAGCAACUUUUUAUAAGGAAACACACAACAGAGAUGAUACCUAAGUAUUGCAUUUCAGUUGGAACUUGUCUCAGCAUCGAGACCUUCCUGCUGCAAGGUGAUGCUUUGCCCUCUGCUAGAGUCCACUUCUGGGUCAGAGGAUCUAUUGCCCUGCUUUCUUGAGCUGCCAAGAUAGUGGCCAUUGUUUUCAUUCCUUAUUUCACCCUGAUAUGAGAGGGAAUGUCAGUACUCUGCCCUAUUCUUUUAAUCCUACACUGGGUUGUGAUGCAAUGGAAAACUCUUUUUCUUUUUCUCCCAACAAAGCUGGCCCAACUGGAUGUUUGUCUAGCCAAUCCCAACAGGAUCGACCUUUCACCUGCCCCUCGUUCUGUGGUACUUGCCUUCUUAUGGUACUAUAGCGCGUUUGCCCAAGUUUAUGAUAGGUAGUGUUUUCACGUUUUCAUAAGCUUUAUAGUUCCAUAUGUCGGAAGAAAACUUUAUUUUCUGAAGAGUACGCCAGAAGAAAACUCAGGACAGCUAUUGUUUAGUUGGAUGGAUAAAGAAUAGGAUGGAGUAAUCUAGAGUAAUAGAGAAAGGACUGGUAGGCUUAUGUUGUCUAGUUACUGUCCAAAUUUCCUUGUGCUUAAGUGCAUCUUAACAUUGCCUGCAAACAUAAGUACUUGCCUAUCUAUAUGCUUAUAAAUAUAUAAUCCUUGGAGUUCUCUUUUCCCUUGAGUGAAGAACUAGUUAGAUACAUAUAAGUCCGUCAAUUAAUUUCCGAAAAAGGAUAUUGCUUAUAUCUUUUCUGGUUUAAUGUGGGAGGGAUAGAAUGAUAUGUCUGUUGUCUGCCGGGACAUUUUGACUUUUCAUCGUGGAUGGUAUAUUUUACUGAAGUUUAAGGUGGGAUAUAUCAAUUUGAUACUCCAUUUGUGGACAUUGUCUUCUAUGUGAUGUUAUGAUUUUAUAGGGAUUUUAUUCGUGAAGUGGGCAGUGAAGUUACUAUAGAUGUCAGAUAGGUUUGUCACCUUAGUUAAAAGUGAUACCUCAAGCAACUUGUCAUUUCUUCGGUGUUAAAUAUUGUAUUUUAGCUCCUAAAAUGGGAUGCCAAGUUUUGAGGUUUGUUUCUGGACCAUUUGAUUUGUUAUGAAGUUUUUGGACAGUUUAUCUGAGGAUUCUUUUUCUUCUCCCCCUUAGAGAAGUUCACCUGAAUGAUUUUAUCUCAACCUGUUGUGAGCAAAGAUUUUUUCCUGCAUCUAUAUUUGAUUAGUCAAACAGAUUUUGGGAUCCCAAUGUUUUGAGGUUUAUAUUUAAGAUCAUUUGAUUGACAUUGAAGUUUGUUUGAUAAGACAUUUGAUUAGUCAAACAGGUUUGACGAUCCCAAGGGUUUGAGGCUAAUUUUGCUGUCAUUUGAUUGAGGUUUAUUUUGAGAUUAUUUGAUUUAUAUCGAAGUUAGUUUUAAAAAAAAACUAGUUGAACGUGUAGUUGUGUGCUUCAAAUAUGUUGUUGCAUUAUUUAUUUGAAGGAUUUUUCUUAAGAGUUGACCUGAAUGGUUUUUUGGAGUGUUCACCUGAAUUACUUUGUCCUGAACUAUUGUCAACAAAGAUUUUGUUCUCUAGUUACAAGUGAUGAAUAAUGAUUUAUCUGACUAUUGUUUUCUUUAUCUUUGCACAUGAUUCUCUUGCUGCUAAAAUUUUCAUCUUGUAUUAGAUAUUCUGCAACAUACAUUAAUCAAAUACUGAAUGCUUAAAAUUUGAACAUGCAUCUUUGGUUCUUUCUGUUUUUCGUGCAUGUUCUGUUAUAAUUAUCUGAAGGAUAUCAUGUUACUUAUUACAUUUUCUAAGUUGGGUGUUGUUAUUGCAUAACCUCUUUACUCUUGCAUUUGCAUGGGCAUCUAAUUCUCACUGCUGUUUACUCAUGCAUACUGUUAUAUUAAUAUGGUAUUGUUCAUUGACUUUACUGGUUACAUUAUCAUUUUACUACUGUUACUUUUACCUUUAUAACAAUUUUUUCUUUGUCCGAGGAGCAUUUUCUCAUUUUCAACUUGCACCUGUUAUUGGGGAAUGGUAGGGAAAGUCCUUUUAAACUUUUGAAUUGUAAUUAUUAUAACAUUUACUUAUGUAAAAGUUGGUUUCACUGAAUUGAAAAGACUAUUCUAUACGUGGUAAAAAGUGUUCCUUUCUCGAGUA